AUGGACUCAGACCAAAGGCGGAAGAGGAAGCGUGCAGUGGGAAGACACCUCCACAUCUCAUCAAGAUCACUUUUUCUUUGUUUCUCCUUCUUAAUCUUUCUCCUCUUCUUGUCCUCCCACCAUCAUUUCUUCUUCUUCACUCCCUCCACCUUCCGACCCUCUCUUACAGCCUCCACCUUAUCUCUCCUGUAUUCUACCGCCAGCAACUCAAUUCUUGACCCUCUUCACUCCACCGCACCCUCCUACACCCUCCAACAUCGUAUCCUCUUCCCCGACCACCACCUCCUCAUUCUCACCCCCCACCAACAACACCAACUCCACCAACUAGAGUGCGUCUACUACAUGCUCCCUCCCAACGACACCUCUCACGCUCCACCCGUCCAAGUUCAGGUUCGACCUGUCCUCUCUACGGACCGCUACGAUGAAUCUCGAUCCAUCGUUAGGUGCCCAUUUCCCCAUACGAACUACACCGGCGGAGGUAGCUCCCAAGCCGUCGAAUUGCGGCGGCGCGGUGAGGUGGGACGCCGGAAUAUGGGGUUUUUAAUGAACCAAACGUCUCAAUCUUGGGAUAGGGUGGCGUACGAGGCGACCCUUGACGGAGACACCGUUGUGGUGUUCGUUAAAGGGUUGAAUCUCCGACCCCACAAGAUCUCGGAUCCGACCAGGAUCCGAUGCCAUUUCGGGCUCAAGAGUUUUCAACAGGGCAAUGCGUUUUUGCUUACCACGAGGGCGGUUUCUGUGGCUCAAGAAGUUGUGAGGUGCCUGUUGCCACAGAGCAUAAAGAACAACCCGGACAAGGUUCGAGGGAUUCGGGUCACAGUGAGUUAUUUGGCUGGCAAUGUGAGGCACCCGGUUCGUGCCCUUGUGCCUUCUGUGGCUAGGGUCAGUACACCUCGUGGUGGUAGAGUUCAGAAGAGGAAGAGAGGGAAGUAUGAGUUGUGUGCGUGUACUAUGGUGUGGAACCAGGCUUCUGCGCUCAGAGAGUGGGUUAUGUACCAUGCUUGGCUUGGAGUGGAGCGUUGGUUUAUCUAUGAUAACAACAGUGAUGAUGAUAUUGAAAAGGUUGUUCAGGAUCUUGAUCUUCAAGGAUUUAACGUCAGUAGAAAGUCCUGGCCUUGGAUUAAGACCCAGGAGGCAGGGUUCUCCCACUGUGCCUUGAGGGCUAGAGAGGAAUGCAAAUGGGUAGGGUUCUUUGAUGUUGAUGAGUUCUUCUACUUCCCCAGUGAGUUUCAUCAAAAUUUGAGGGAGGGUGUUCCUGGUGAGAAUUCUCUGAGAUCGGUGGUUGCCAAUUUCUCAUCGUCGAAGUCCAUUGCGGAGAUAAGAACAGCUUGUCAUAGCUUCGGGCCUUCUGGGUUACACUCGCCCCCUAAACAAGGGGUUACACUGGGGUACACUUGCAGGCUUCAGAGCCCUGAGCGGCACAAAUCCAUUGUGCGGCCGGAUUUGCUUGACAUCAGUCUUCUGAAUGUAGUGCAUCAUUUUCAGCUGAGGCAGGGGUUCAGGUACCACAACAUGCCUGAAGGUACUGCUAUAGUAAACCACUAUAAGUACCAGGUAUGGGAGACUUUCAAAGCCAAGUUUUUCAGAAGGGUUGCUACCUAUGUGGUGGACUGGCAGGAGGAUCAGAACAAAGGCUCAAAGGAUAGAGCACCAGGACUAGGAACAGAAGCCAUUGAACCAUCUAACUGGCGGCUUCAGUUUUGUGAGGUUUGGGAUACUGGCUUGAAGGACUUUCUUCAGUCUUAUUUUGCUGAUCCUGCAACAGGGUUGAUGCCCUGGGAAAUGUCUUCUCUAUGA